UAUUUCAUCAUAUAUGAACAGAGUGUAGUUGGUUUGUUUAGAGGAGUCAAAGAGUUGAGAAAGAAAAUAUGGUUGGCCCCAUGAGACCUCAGAUUGUGCUCUUUGGCUCCUCUAUAGUGCAGUUUAGUUUCGACAAUGGUGGUUGGGGUGCUAUUCUAGCCGGUUUGUAUGCUAGAAAGGCGGACAUAGUACUGCGAGGAUAUUCUGGUUGGAAUUCAAGGCAAGCUUUGGAUGUUUUGGAUGAAGUUUUUCCCAAGGAUGCUCCUGUGCAACCGUCAUUGGUGAUUGUGUACUUUGGUGGUAAUGAUUCUGUUCACCCUCACCCUUCUGGUCUCGGUCCUCACGUUCCCCUCCAAGAAUAUCUUGAAAACAUGAGGAAGAUCGCUAACCAUCUUAAGAGCAUCUCAGAACAUAUUCGCAUUAUCUUUCUCACAUCUCCUCCCAUCAAUGAAGAGCAACUCCGCAAAAAGCUCAGUGCAACGCAGUCAGGAAGAACCAAUGAAUCUUGUGGAGAAUAUGCAGACGCACUAAUGGAGCUGAGUGAGGAGCUGAACGUCAAGGCCAUUAAUCUUUGGUCUGCAAUUCAGACCAGAGAUGAUUGGUUAGACGUUAGCUUCACGGAUGGAGUUCAUCUGUCGGCAGAGGGAAGCAAGGUGGUGGUGAAGGAAAUAUUAAGGGUUCUGAGGGAAGCAGAUUGGAAAACCAGUCUGCAUUGGAUGUCGAUGCCGACAGAAUAUGCAGAAGAUUCACCUUAUUACCCUCCCGCUCCUGAUGGAAAAACCACCAUAAAUGUCUCCUACUGUGUCUCGCGAAGGUCUCUGCAAUGGGAUCUGUAGAAGCUUUAUAUCAAUCUGCAGUUACCAUUGUAUGAGUGUAUGAGUAAUUAAGAUGAUUUUCUAGUGAGUUUGAAUCCUGCUACCAACAAACUGCAUCGCGGUUAGUGGAAUAUGUUGAAUCUCUUAACUAUGUUCAUAGAGAUUCAAUCCUAACCAUGUGUAUAAAAAAAAGAGAGAUUAUAUCAACUAGGUGCAGAACAAUAUAGUAAAUGCACCUCAUGCGUUUAUGAAAAUGCGAUU